CGCCGCCGAGCGGGUACGAACUUGCGGGAGCGGCGGGCAGCGAGCGACUCUCGCGGUCCGCAGGUGCCUCUCUGCCCCAUGAGCUGCACCAGAAUGAUCCAGGUUUUGGAUCCACGACCUUUGACAAGUUCAGUCAUGCCAGUGGAUGUGGCCAUGAGGCUUUGCUUGGCUCAUUCCCCACCUCUGAAGAGUUUCCUGGGCCCUUACAGUGACUUCCAGAGAAGAAAUUUUGUGAAUAAACUGAAACCUCUGAAACCGUGUCUCAAUGUCAAGCAGGAAGCCAAAUCCCAGAAUGAAUGGAAGCGCUCACACAACCAAGCCAAGAAGCGGGUGGUGUUUGCUGACUCCAAGGGCCUCUCCCUCACCGCCAUCCACGUGUUCUCAGACCUCCCCGAAGAACCUGCGUGGGAUCUCCAGUUUGAUCUCUUGGACCUUAAUGAUAUCUCCUCUGGCUUAAAACUUCAUGAGGAGAAAAAUCUGAUUUUAGAUUUUCCUCAGCCUUCAACUGAUUACUUAAGUUUCCGGAACCACUUUCAGAAGAACUUUGUGUGUCUGGAGAACUGUUCUUUGCAAGAACGUACAGUGACCGGGACAGUCAAAGUGAAAAAUGUGAGCUUUGAGAAGAGGGUUCAGGUCCGUAUCACAUUUGACACGUGGAAAACUUACACCGAUGUGGACUGUGUCUACAUGAAGAAUGUGUACGGCAGCUCAGAUAGUGACACCUUCUCGUUUGUCAUUGACUUACCUCCUGUCAUUCCAACUGAGGAGAAAAUUGAGUUCUGCAUUUCUUACCAUGCUGAUGGGCAGGUCUUCUGGGACAAUAAUGAGGGUCAGAAUUACAGCAUUGUCCAUGUACAAUGGAAACCUGAUGGGGUACAGACAUCUAUGGCACCCCAAGACUGUUCAUUCCAAAAGAUGCCCCCUAAGACUGAGUUAGAAUCAACAGUCUUUGGCAGUCCAAGGCUGGCCAGUGGGCUCUUCCCAGAAUGGCAGAGCUGGGGGAGAAUGGAAAACGUGACCUCUUAUCGGUGAAUUAAGCAACCUCCUUUCUGGUCUUGUCCUUUCAUAGUCCUCAUGCAAUUCUAGGUCUGUGUUGCUCAAUCUUAGGGAGUCUCCACUACUGCCCAUCAGUAGGUUUAGGUUUGAGCUCUUGGGGCCUGGCUACAGAAAAUAAUGGCCACUCAAGAAUUUAGUGUUGGGGUAUGUUUGGAUGAUAUUACCCAAUCUUGUUUUGGGGUAAUCAAAAAACAGCCUGGGAAUUACUUUUAUAAAAGUAAUAGUUCUUCAUUGCCCUUCUACCGUCCCUCUUAAUUCACCUAGCUUCCACAUUGGGCAAGGAAAAGUUGACGAAGGGCAAUUGACAGUGAUAGAAAGCUGUGUUAAUGGUAUGAGGAAUGUGUGAAGGGUGUACACUGUGAGCUCUUCAGCUCAAGUCAGAGGAGGAACAGGAUGCCUGGUAUUUAAUUGUUGGUGGGAAAAAUGUAAGGUGAUUUUGGGUUUUAAAGUUGGUUUUACAGCAUUCUCCUGAAGAAAUAACUCACAGAUGGGAUAAAAGAUCUUUUCUACAUAUUCUUAUGGAGAAAAGCUAAAUAAACUUAGAGGGUGUUGGAUGGUAUUGGGGAAAGAUGAACUGUAGUUCGAAAGAAUGAAGAUCUUAACAGAAGCCCUUCUGUUUGAACAUGGCCUUUCGAAGCUUGUGAUUUGGGGAACGAGUAAGCAGAUCUGGCUUUGUAGGCCUAAUGUGACACGUGACUUUGUACUUGAGGCAGCGUGCUUGGGUUCUUGGCAAAGAAUGCUACCCAGCAAACAUCAUACCAUCACCAAUGGCUAACAAUAUAUAGGGACAUAUAUAUGUAUGUGUCAUGUCAAAGAGAGCUCUUUGCAAGUGCCUCAAUGAAACCAGAACACUGUAGUUGUGCAACCCAAAUAUCUGAAUGGUCAUCUGAUAACCAUGAGUUUUUGACCUUAUAUCAAGGUCCAUUCACCGGCACUCCUCCUGAAAUGUUGUUAUAUUCUGGACUGUUGUCCAUAUAUGCAACUCACCUCCUUCAUAUUGAAGGUGACUCAUCUUUCUGCCACACUUUUUCCAUGUGAUGUUUAAAGUGGGGACUGACACUAAUGUCUCAAUGCAAGAAUCCAGUACUUUGCACCUUAAAGUAGCAGCGUACCUCUUGCCUACCUUUGUCUUGCAAUUUUAAUUUCAUUUCCAGUCAAAAUGCUUCUUUUAUUUCUUUUUUUAUUUUAAAGAACAAGUGGAUGUGAGUAAUUUUGGAUGUGAAUUGUUUUCAAGUGUGCAUGAAUUCAUUCUGGGAGAAUGUGAGGACAGGAGUCGGAAUGUUUGCUGUUAUCAAUGUGCAUGUCCUUUGAGAGGUUUUAAGAGAAUGCAGUUAACUUUGACAUGUGUGAUCCAUCUAUCAUGCUGGAAAAGCACUAUUGGAAUAACUCCACGAUGAUGGGUCUUUGAGGUUUGGUUAGCUUCUCUACUGUAAAAAUUUCACUAUCUCUAACCUUCAUGCAUGUCUCACUAUAAGAAUAAAUGUAUUGAUAGAA